AUGGGGAGAUUUAAUAACGAGACUCUGGAGGUCCAAGAUCUGAGGAUUGACAUGAUGGUAAGUAUCCUCAUUCACGGGUUGAAGAAAGGACUUUUCGCCUCUGCUCUGGCAAGAGACCCGCCGACCAAUGUGGAACAAUUGAUGCGCUUGGCGCAAAAAUAUAUUAACGAAGAAGAAAUGAAUGCAAUGAAGGAUGGGGAGUGGUUAGGUGCUAGAAGGACCCGCGACCACGAAUCUGGGAAUGAUCUAAGGCAAAAUGCUGAUCGCACUCGCGACCCUCCAUACCGACCAAAAUACCACCGGUACACACCCUUGAACACUACCCGAACGAAGGCGCUGUUGACUGUGGAGAAAUCAGACAUGUUAAAAUGGCCCCGCCAUACGAGAUUCACACCAGCUAAGAAAUUUUCGGGUAAGUAUUGUAAAUUUCACCGCGAGCGUGGGCAUGACACGGAAGAGUGUUAUCAACUAAAAGAUGAGAUUGAGAGGCUGAUAAGACAAGGAUAUUUUAAAGAGCUGGUGUUAAAAUGUCGCGCUGAGGAAACUGUUGUUCGUAGAAGCAGGUCUAGGAGUCCCGACAGAAGGCAGGAUAAAGGAAAAGGGAUGAUGAAAGAAGCUAAUCUGGGAGGAAAUGCGCCUGUGAAAGGCAUCAUAUAUACUAUUGCAGGAAGGCCUGAAGGGGGCGAUUCGGGGAGAUCUAGAAAGCGACAGAAUAGAAAUGUUCAACGUGGUCAACUGAUGGCAAAUAUUGAGCCAGAAGAAGAAAUCACAUUUGGAAGCAAGGAUGCGACAGGAAGAGCAGGGUCGCAAAACGAUCCCAUGGUGAUCAGACUCGACAUAGCAACUUUACGGUCCGAAAAGUUCUGA